CCUGGUGUUCCAUUGGCAACUUUGUACUUUAACCUUUCACGCUCGCAGUGGAUUUUUAUUUGGAAAAUUAAAAGGAGUUCUUAAGGUAAACGUGGACAAAGGAGGUCUGACACAAAGGAUGGAACCAGCAGACAGUGACGGAAUGAGUUGGGAAGGACCUUUUCCUCCGUGGUGAUGGGGGCGGGAUACAUUGGAUCUGGCAACCCAGCCCGGACUCAAUCUGUGUCAAUUGGCGAGCCGAGGCGGUGCGAAUGAAGAAAGGCCAGAGCUCAUUUCCCACCCGUGACGUACUUUUAACCUGCGUGGAGCUGCUAGCUACAACGAGAACUGGAUUAUUUCUCUUUUAGACCACCGGUGGUACCGUUUGUACAAGGCGGUGCUGCGCUUUGCGCUCGGUGUCUUGAAAGCGUCAAGUGACAGGUGUCGAAAGGUAUCGAGGAUGAAGCCCAUCUCGACGCAUCAGAGAAGCUUUUGUCUUCGUUUUCGGCCCUUUUUGUCCUUUUAACAGCCCACUUGAUUUUGGAAAGGAUAACACGACGGACCUGCAAGGGGUGCUGCAGCAUGAGGAUAAUCCCAAUUCAUAAUUAAUCCUCGUGCUAAUUGGUGAAGGGCUGCAGAAUUGCGCGAUGCUGCACGCAUCGUGAUUGAGUUUUGUUCCUUAAAGACACAAUCGGUGACAAGCGCCACGUUUCAAGAUGGUGUUUCGGAGCGAAGAGAUGUGCUUGGCCCAGUUGUUCUUGCAAUCCGGCUCGGAGUACGACUGCAUCAGUGAGCUCGGUGAGCUGGGCCUGGUCGAGUUCCGAGAUCUCAAUCCAAGCGUCAGCUCCUUCCAGCGACGCUUUGUCAGCGAGAUCAAGAGAUGCGAGGAGAUGGAGAGGAUUCUGGGUUAUCUUUUGAGGGAGAUCCAAAAGGCUAAGAUUGCCGUUCCUGAGGAUGACGAGAGCCCGCUUGCUCCUCCGCCUAGACAAGUGCUGGAGAUCAUGGAGCAGCUUCAGAGGCUGGAGAUGGAGCUCAGCGAGGUGGCGAGGAACAAAGAGAAGCUGCGCAGGAACCUGCUGGAGCUCAUCGAGUACACCCACAUGCUGAAGAUCACGCGCGCCUUCAUCCACAGUCGCUCCAGACACGAGGCUCUUGGUCCCCAAUAUGAAGAAUUCCCCACCAUGGAGACAGACUCGGUGUCGGGCUACACUGGCAUGCAAAGACUCGGAGCCAAGCUUGGAUUCAUCUCCGGUCUCAUCCAGCGGGUGAAAGUGGAGGCCUUUGAGCGCAUGCUCUGGAGGGUGUGCAAGGGCUACACCAUCCUCAGCUACGCGGAAGUGGAUGAGAACCUCGCUGACCUCGACACGGGUGAGAUAAGCAAGAACGUUGUGUUCCUCAUCUCCUUCUGGGGCGACCAGAUUGGACAGAAGGUUCAAAAAAUCUGCGAUUGCUACCACUGUCAUCUUUAUCCUCACCCCGAAAACGACGAAGAGAGGGCGGACAUGUUGGACAGCUUACGCACGCGCAUCCAAGACCUCAACAACGUUUUGCAUCGCACCGAAGACUACCUGAAGCAGGUCCUGCAGAGGGCCGCGGAGUCGGCGUACGCUUGGGUCGUGCAGGUGAAAAAGAUGAAGGCCAUCUACCACAUCCUCAACCUGUGCAGUUUCGACGUCACCAACAAGUGUUUGAUCGCCGAGGUGUGGUGUCCUGUCAGUGACUUGGCUAACCUGCGGGGGGCGCUAGAGGAAGGCUCGCGAAAAGGCGACGCAACUGUUCCAUCGUUUGUGAACCGCAUCCCGAGCACCGACACCCCUCCCACCUUAGUCCGAACCAACAAGUUCACGUGUGGAUUUCAAAGCAUCGUGGAGGCCUACGGGGUGGGGGACUAUCGUGAGGUGAGCCCAGCACCUUACACCAUCAUCACAUUCCCCUUCCUGUUCGCGGUCAUGUUUGGUGACUUGGGCCACGGCACGGUGAUGAGCUUCUUUGCGCUCUGGAUGGUGCUGACAGAAAAAAAGCAGAUGAGGAAACGCUCCGGUAAUGAGAUAUGGGCAACCUUCUUCAACGGGCGCUACAUUAUUCUCAUGAUGGGGCUCUUCUCCGUCUACACGGGGCUCAUUUACAACGAUUGCUUCUCCAAAUCGCUCAACAUCUUCGGCUCGGGCUGGAGCGUCAAGGCCAUGUUCACCAGUCAGCAGUGGACGAACAAAACACUUCAAACAAACACUUUGCUCACGUUGGACCCCAAUGUUAGCGGAGUGUUCUCGGGCCCGUACCCGUUUGGCAUCGAUCCUAUAUGGAGCAUGGCGGUUAACCGUCUGUCCUUCCUGAAUUCCUAUAAAAUGAAGAUGUCUGUGAUCAUUGGAGUCAUCCACAUGAGUUUUGGUGUGGUUUUGAGUGUUUUUAACCACUUGCACUUCCAGCAGAAGUAUGACGUCUAUCUGCUGUUUCUCCCCGAACUGCUCUUCCUGCUUUGUCUCUUCGGCUACCUGGUCUUCAUGAUCGUUUACAAGUGGUUGGCCUUCUCUGCGCGGGACUCCAGUCAGGCUCCUAGCAUCCUCAUCCACUUCAUUAACAUGUUUGUCAUGCAGGGCAAGGACGUCGCUCCUCUCUACUCGGGACAGACGGGGCUGCAGAUUUUCCUGCUCGCGAUCGCCAUGCUGUGUGUCCCCAUGCUGUUGUUAGGAAAACCUCUGUUCCUCUACUGGAUGCAUCGUGGGGGGAAAGGCCUCCGCAGGCGUAGAGGCUACGAGAGGGUGAGGCGUGCUAGCGAGGAUGACAGUUCGGCAGCGGCAGCUUACGAGGACGAUGAAGAGGAGGGACUGGAUGAGAUGACCCACAGGGACCUUCGUCCUAGAGAGUUUGACUUUGCCGACGUGCUCCUGCAUCAGGCCAUCCACACCAUCGAGUACUGCCUGGGCUGCAUCUCCAACACCGCUUCGUACCUGCGACUGUGGGCACUCAGCUUGGCACACGCGCAGCUGUCAGAGGUGUUGUGGGACAUGGUGAUGCGCCUGGGCCUGCGGAUCACAACCAGAGUCGGCGUGGUGUUUUUAGUGCCUGUGUUUGGCGUCUUCGCGCUGCUCACCGUGUCCAUUCUGCUGGUCAUGGAAGGCUUGUCAGCCUUCCUGCACGCUCUCCGCCUCCACUGGGUGGAGUUUCAGAACAAAUUCUACCACGGGACAGGUGUCAAGUUUGUACCCUUUGACUUCUCGCUGCUGCCCUCUGUUUUCGAGCACGAUGGCCUCCUCUAAAUUGUUGAAUAGGCAAGCGGAAGUGGGCCUUUUUAAGUGGCAAGGAUGCCGCAUACACUGGGACAGUUCUCACUGUGAAAAUGACAAGGAACCCUCAAGACGAUUCACUCUCGUAGCAACCUUUUUUUCCCCACCAUGAUGAUUUGAAACAAACACAAAAAAAAGAAUCUACCUGCUCUGCUGACUGCCUUACUUCUCCACCCAGCAAAAAUCACAGGUUGUACAUUUAUUAAUGAUUUUAAAAAUACAGUUGUUAUAUCGGGCAACUCUCCAAGGCACACCGGUGAUUUUAAAUUACGUUGUGCUGUGGAUUAUCGAUAUUGGAUUGAAAACCAACUAUUAUACAGCACAAUGUACAGUUAAUAAACAGUUUUAGGAUCACAAUAUAGUGCCAUAACGCUUUACUAGUGAUUUGGGUGAUUUUAGGUGGGCUUUUGCUCCCCGGAAUUUCAUCAAACAAAUGAAAAUUUCUCGAGCAAAAUAAGCACUUUUCAGAAAUGAUUGUAUACACUUUUUUCCUGUUUAUGAUUGUGACGAUGCCAAAUUCAAACAAUGUAUUGGCUAUUUGAAUAUUCAGUCAUUUAUUUAAAUGUAACUUUCCCUGUCAUAUGUAGAAAAAAACGCAACCAAUGCUUCUUGUAUAUGUUGAUAUGGUUAAUCAUGGUAUUUAUUUAAACGACUAUCUGUAUGAGAGUCUUGAUAUUUUGCCAUUUUGGUGUGUUAAAUAAAGCUUUCAAGACUCGCAAGCA